AUGAACUCUUCCUUCUUCACUAUCUCCAUCUUUGCCGCCAUUAUCUCUCUCCAUCAUUUAAGUUCGAACGGAGAAGCCAGGUGUCAUCCCGAUGAUGAAUCAGGUCUUUUAGCUUUCAAAUCUGGUAUAACCCGAGAUCCUGUGGGCCUUCUCAACUCUUGGAAGAAAGGAACUAAUUGCUGCUCCUGGUUCGGUGUCAGAUGCAUCACCGACGACCGCGUCACUGGACUGUCGGUAUCCGGAGGAGAUACCUCUCUUGGCCGAGGUUAUCUUUGGGGAACCAUAUCACCGUCCCUGGCCAAACUUCAGCACCUGGAGGACGUUUCUUUCACAUAUCUUAAGAUCACUGGUUCUUUUCCCCAAUUCCUUUUCCACUUGCCAAAGCUAACCGUAUUACGCAUUUCUGGCACUCGUCUCUCGGGUCCCCUUCCGGCCAACAUUGGUACACUAAGCCUUACUGAUGUCACUAUUGAUGAUAAUCAGUUCACCGGUCCGAUCCCGAGUUCGGUAUCCAAUUUGACUCGGUUAACUUGGCUUAGUCUUGCUGGCAACCGCCUCUCUGGCACCAUCCCGGAUAUUUUCAAAUCCAUGACGAAGCUCACAGCUCUCGAUCUCUCCCGAAACAGACUCUCCGGGAAGCUUCCUUUGUCUAUUGCAUCGCUUGCAGCGACUCUCACGUACCAUGAUCUGAGCAAGAACAAUCUCUCAGGGACGAUCCCUAGCUAUUUAUCGAGAUUCAAGUCGCUUUCCACUCUGGAUCUCUCCAAGAAUCGGUUCACUGGAGUCGUGCCAAUGAGUUUCUCCAACAUGACCAGUUUUUUCCAUCUUAGACUCUCCCACAAUCUUCUAACCGAUCCAUUCCCUGCCUUGAAGUUCGUUGACGGCAUUGCCGAGCUAGAUCUGUCGUACAACCAAUUUCAUUUGAAAACGGUUCCAAAGUGGGUGACUUCGUCGCCUGUCAUCUACAGUUUGAAGCUUGUUAAAUGCGGGAUCAAGAUGAGCUUAGAUGAUUGGAAGCCAAUGAAAAUCAAAUCCUUUAAUUACAUCGAUCUAUCAGAAAACGAGAUAUCAGGGAACGCAGCAAAGUUUUUGAACCAGGCAGAGGGUCUAUAUGAGUUCCAAGCAUCGGGUAACAAACUACAAUUUGACUUGGGGAAUCUUACGUUUGCGAAGACGCUGCAAACACUGGAUUUAUCAAGAAACUUGGUAUUUGGGAAGGUUCCGGCAACAGUGGCAGGACUUAAAAAACUUAACUUGAGUCAAAACCAUCUUUGUGGUAAGCUUCCGGUGACAAAAUUCCCGGCCAGUGUGUUUGCGGGCAACAGCUGUCUAUGCGGUUCACCACUUUCUCCUUGUAAAGCUUAGUGGCAAGGACAAAGUUUUGAGAAAAAAGGGAGGUUUAC